GUUGUUGUUCGCUAUUCUCAACGCGCUCAAAAAAGCAUUUCAGCUAUUUUAGUGGUAUUCUUGUGCUUCGUGAUAAAUUCGCUUGAAAAUCAACUUGCUUCAGCAUGUCUCUAGCAGAUGAACUACUGGCCGACUUGGAGGACGACAACGACGAUGAUGAAGAGCUGGAGGCAAUCAAGGAGGAAACGAAAUCGGUGGCACCAGGUGACGAGGGACAGGACGAUCCGGAAUCCGGUGGCGAAGAGGAAGCUCUCAUAUUCGACGUGAAGGAUGAACAGAUGGAAAUCAAUGUGUCGGUCGCGACCAUCCGUGAAAUCUGCAAACUGCGCGACUCGGAUCGACUGUCCAAUGUUUUGCAGCAGAUCGAAAAGUACGCCAAAAAUCCUCGCACCACGAACGAGAUGGUCGGUAACGUGGAGUCAGAUCCCGAGUAUCAGCUGAUAGUGGAGGCAAAUAAUAUAGCGGUCGACAUUGAUAGUGAAAUUUCAACCAUUCACAAGUUCGUGAAGGAUAAGUACCAGAAACGGUUCCCGGAACUGGACUCACUGAUUAUGGCAGAAAUGGACUACAUACGGAGCGUCCGCGAGCUUGGCAAUGACCUGGACCAGGCGAAAAACAACGAACGUCUACAGGAAAUCCUCACCCAGGCCACAAUUAUGAUUGUCUCCGUGACCGCUUCCACGACACAAGGUGUCAAGUUGGAACAACACGAGCUGGAACAAAUCCGGGAAGCCUGUGACAUGGCCGUCGAGUUGAAUGAUUUUAAGAGCAAAAUAUUCGAGUACGUCGAAAGUCGCAUGACGUUCAUUGCCCCCAACAUGUCGAUGAUCGUGGGUGCGUCAACGGCGGCCAAGUUGGUCGGGUUGGCUGGUGGGCUGACCAAGCUUUCGAAAAUGCCGGCCUGUAAUGUGCAGGUGCUCGGAGCACAAAAGAAGGUCCUGUCCGGUUUCUCAAAGGUGGCCAUGUUACCGCACACUGGCUACGUCUACUACUGUGACAUUGUUCAAGAUACUCCACCUGAUCUUCGGCGCAAGGCAGCUCGUUUGGUGGCGGCCAAGUGUACCCUUGCGGCGCGAGUCGAUGCGUCGCACGAAAGUCAUCUGGGAGAAAUUGGCCAGCGGUUCCGGGAGGAUAUCGAAAAGAAGCUCGACAAGUUGCAGGAACCGCCGCCGGUUAAGUUCAUCAAACCCCUGCCGAAACCCAUCGAGGGCGGAAAGAAAAAACGCGGUGGAAAGCGAGUGCGACGAAUGAAGGAACGCUACGCCAUGACGGAGUUCCGCAAGCAAGCCAACAGGAUGAACUUUGGCGAUAUCGAUGAGGAUGCCUACCAGGAGGAUCUCGGGUACACGCGGGGCACGAUCGGCAAGGCCGGUACGGGGCGCAUUCGUCUGCCGCAGAUCGACGAAAAGACCAAGGUGCGGAUCAGCAAAACCCUCCAGAAGAACCUACAGAAGCAGCAGCAGGUUUGGGGUGGCAGCACGACGGUAAAGAAGCACAUUUCCGGUACGGCGUCGAGUGUCGCUUUUACGCCACUGCAGGGACUGGAAAUCGUGAACCCACAGGCGGCCGAAAAACCGAGUGGCGAAUCGAGCGCAAAGUAUUUCUCCAACACGUCCGGGUUUCUGUCGGUUGGUAAGAAAACGACCUAAAGGGAAAAUAACGCUUAGGGAGUCCCUUUAAACGUUUUCGAGUGAUUGUGGAAAGAGAAGCUUGAAAUUUAAAUGGAAAUAAUAAAUAAAUUAAA